GUGCCAUUGCGAAUUUCUUAGUGCGGCUAACCCGGUUGGCGAGUUCAUAAUAUCAUCAUUUUCUUUUCUCUGCAGUGCUUCCUUUUUUUUCCUUUUCUUUUUCUGCCUUCCAAUUUCAAGCAUAUCCCUUUGACUUUGUCUAUCGACACGCUUACAAUCAAUUCAGCAUUGACGACAUCCGAUUAGUGGUCAUUUUUUCUUAUUCAACCUGGUUUUGCCCCGCUUUGUGAACAGAUACGGGUAACUAGUUCAAGCCUGGAGCCGGUACGUACCUUGCUUCUGUUCACCUCGUGUCAACAAGACACCAGCCACAAGAGCAGACUCGUGUCGCAAGGUAUGGAUCCCUUCGUGAACCUACCUGACUACGCAUUACGUAGGGCAUUGGCUUAGAAGGGGGUAUCAGAGAAAAAAGGAGAAGAAGAAGAAAAAAAAAAGAGAAAAACACAUCAGACAAGGCUGCACACGGUCUUAAUGCAGCUGACUCUUGUUUUCUUGCUUGACCAACGGUUACUAACAUGGGAAGCUUUACUUCCGCAGCAAGAAACCAAACCACCAAGAUUCCCCAAGAACGACGUCUUGGCCCCGAGUAAACUGCCACCAGCCGUGACGACCUAGCUUAACCCACCCACUUCCCGCCCACCGACGGCUGCGUGCGCAAUCCUCCGACGAAUCUUAACUGGUCCCCGUCUUUUUUUUCUCCCUACGACAAAGCAUACAAAGCUGGACUCGACGUCUUCUGGCCAAGCGCGAUUCAAUCCCAACCGGGGAAGCACCCUCGAGGUGGAAGCUUGGUGUAACCUGCGGCUGAUCAUCGACUACCAACCAAUCUCUAUCCGUCUUUGGAUUACAUCAAUUUUUCCUUUCCUUUCUGAGAAGCCAACUUGGGCCUGCCCUUGAAGCAACAUCCGUCAUCAUGUUGACCUUCAAGCGCGCCCUCAUUGCGGCCGCAUUCUUCCUCACAGUCCUUUACCUCACAACAAGGCCAGCCGCAACAUCACCGCCCACGACAUUAGCAAAAGGUGCCCAGGAUGGCACCACUGAGAAGGUCGCCGCCAACUCGGCCAAGAUAAUCUCAAAUACAGCAUCAUCAGCAUCAACAUCAUCACAAGAUGGCAAGAGCAACAGCAGGCUAGCCCCCGAGGGCCAGAAGCCCAUCAUGGACCCCAACAUGAGCUUGUACGACAAGCUGGGAUACCAAUACCCCUAUGACGUCGAGACCAAGUUCCCGGCCUACAUCUGGCAGACGUGGAAGUGGACACCCGCCGACGGUGAAUUCGCCUUCCGCGAGCAGGAGGCAACCUGGACUGAGCAGCACCCGGGCUUCAUCCACGAGGUCAUCACGGACACGGUCGCCGUCCACCUCCUGCGCCUGCUCUAUGCCUCGGUACCCGAGGUGCUCGAGGCCUACGAUGCCCUGCCGAUGCCCGUCCUUAAGGCCGAUUUCUUCCGUUACCUCAUCCUGCUCGCCCGUGGCGGCAUCUACACCGACAUCGACACGUACGCGAUCCGCAGCGCCCUCGAGUGGAUCCCCGAUAGCGUGCCGCGCGAGACCCUGGGCCUGGUUGUCGGAAUCGAGGCCGACCCUGACCGACCCGACUGGAAGGAGUGGUACAGCCGUCGCAUUCAGUUUUGCCAGUGGACCAUCCAGGCCAAGCCCGGCCACCCGGUGCUGCGCCAGAUCGUUACGCGCGUGACGCAGGAGACGCUGAAGCGCAAGCGGGCGGGCCAGUUGGAGAAGAUGGCCGACAAGGGCGUCGUCGAGUUCACGGGCCCGGCCGUCUGGACAGACAUCAUUUUUGAGUACAUGAACGACGAACGCUACUUUGACAUGAGCAACUCCAAGGGCGUCAUUGACUGGCGCAACUUUACCGGCAUGGAGAUGCCCAAGCGGGUCGGCGACGUCAUCGUGUUGCCCAUCACCAGCUUCUCGCCCGGCGUGCAGCAGAUGGGUGCCAAGGACUACGAUGACCCUAUGGCCUUUGUCAAGCACGAUUUUGAGGGAACAUGGAAACCCGAGAACCUGCGCCACAUUGGUGAGCAGAAGGAAGAGGGUCAAAAGUAAUUCAUACCCGAGCAACAGCAAACAACACAGCUGUCAUGUCUCUGUUUCUUUUUCUUUGUUUGAAUUUACAUGGCGUCCGAUCAUGUCAAGGUGCCCUAAACCGAAGGGGACACCUGGAUCUUGCAAGCAUUUCCUGUGGCGAACUAUGGCGUUUUCUUGUUUGUCGGCCUGUACACGACCGGAUGUAUUUUGCCCCUUGAUAUCCUGGGCUGAUCCAUAUUUGCUCUUUUUUUUUUCUUUUCUGUUUUACCAAAACAUAUUGUCACGACCUGGGGAUACCACUUUUUUUACAAAGGACUGGAGGGCCAAAAAUAGAGAUUUAGACUUUUGGCAUGGCCGGGGACAUGCGAACCCCUGGCUCGAGUUCUUAAAGACUAUUUGACUUGUCCAAAUCUGUCUAAACAAACAAUGCGCAGCUUUACGAACUUUCCAAGUUUCUUGUUCCUUUUUUUUCAUGUUGACUUUAGAUGCUGUUUGGGCACCAGAACUGGGUUCUUCUUUAUGAACUCGGGGGGCAGUGUAUACACUCAUGGCUCAGGCUCCUAGGAAGGAUUGACAGAAGAAAAGCUGCAUAUCUACCAGAACUAGAAGACUAAAAUGAUGAGUUUUCAAAGAAUAA